UAUACUGAUGAAUCUGUGCCUGCUUUGUUAUUGUUUCCAACAGAAAUUUGUCCGGUUUCCCAACAUAUGUUCCUGUUUUUUUUAGGACAAUGAAAGAUAUUAUUUCUUGUUUUAGUGAAAAUGCUGUCAAUGUUUCUCAUUCUUCAUGCUCAAGCUAUCCAAGCAAUGCCUGCAUCUCUCAAAGUUCAGUUCGUUCUCUAAAAAGUGCCGUCACAUGUGUUUACAAAGUGAUUCUUUCGACCGGCAAGCAGCUGUUGGUCAGAGCCACAUGGUCCAAGAAUCAGACCAGUCAAGGUCUUGUCAUAAGCUUCGGUGACGAUGACCCUUCUGCAUGUUUCAAGCUCAACACGAAUUCGAAGUUUUUCGGGAAGAAGAAAGGAAGCAAAGUGACCGAAUCUGGUCGUUCGAAGAUCGAGGUCAUUUGGGAUCUAUCGACAGCCGAGUACGACGUGGGACCCGAACCGAUCAACGGAUUCUACGUUGUGGUCAUGGUCAAUUCGGAGAUGGGCCUUGUUCUAGGCCAUGUCGGUGAAGAAACUAUUACGAAGAAGCUCAAGACUAGCACCACCAAAGUGGCGAAAUCGUGUCUAGUUUCUCGGCAAGAACAUUGUUCGGGCAAUACACAUUAUUCGACCAAGGCUCGAUUCAGAGACACGGGCAUCUUACAUGAUGUUUCCAUUAGAUGUAGCGGAGAACAUCAGGGCCUAAAGCAUCUUGUUUUAUCCGUUUGUAUCGACAAAAAGACGGUAAUUCAUGUAAAGAGAUUGCUGUGGAAUUUUAGAGGAAACCAGACAAUAUUCGUUGACGGAUUGUUAAUUGAUCUGAUGUGGGAUGUCCAUGACUGGUUCUUCAAGCCGGUCACCGGCUCUGCUGUGUUCAUGUUUAGGACAAGAAGGGGACUCGACAGCCGGCUUUGGUUGGAGGAGAUGUUGUCGCAGAAUGAACAUGACAGAGUUGAAUUCUCUUUGUUGAUUUAUGCCUGUAAGAAUACAUAAACAAACUAUUCACUUGUGUCCAUGUUUGAUUAUUUGUCUUAAUUUGUCAAC